CAUACAGCGUUCGGACCUGUAACUCUCUGGAGGAUGUCGACAACUAUGUCCAACGUCGGUAUCCGCUCUUGUUCCAGAGCAACCCCCGCUGAUGCGUCUGCGUAGGUCCAUCCUCCUGUCGAGGAAAUGGCAUACACGCGGGAUGAGGUACGGGGCGAUUCCCCACUAGGACUACGAACACCCCUGCAGCCAACUCUCUCUGCCCGCAUCCCGCUGGAACUCUUCGAAGAGACCAUCGAUUUCAUGGACCGGCCCGCGCUCCUCGGCGCGGCACUGGUGUGCGCGGCAUGGUACCCCCGCGCUAUGCACAACCUCUUUUCCACAGUCUGGCUACGCGAUCGCACGCAGUUCAUGUCACUUGCGAAGCUAGCGCACGCGUACCCGCGCGUCAGGAGCUGGCUCGCGACCACCCGCAAGCUGGGAGCGGUAGAUCUGAACUUGACCGACCACGAACUAGGAUGGAGGCUGAAGACCGGUCCCUUCCUCCACGCCGUGCCUCUUGUCUUCGGCCGCAUGAUGUCGGGCUUGCGAUCCUUACACGUUGAGGGGGGUGUGCAUCCUCACAUGCUCCCGAAGUUCUGCCUCGCCCUGUCCCAAUUCAAGACUAUCAAGUCACUCAGCCUGCGCAUCGCGACGCUGAACAGCGUCUCGCGGAUUCUAUGGAUCAUCUCUUCGUUCCCGCAACUCACAGACCUCCACUUGUACCGCGACAUCUUCUUUGGCAUACCGCCAUGUUGGGACGAUACAAGACCUAGUGAUUUCGAGCCUGGUUGCGAUAUCCGGCUUCGUCGCCUCCAGAUCGACAUGGACGAGGACGAUGUUCGUUUGCCGGGCGCAGUUGUCGACUGGCUCGUGAGGUUGGGCGCUUGCACCUCGCUUGAUGACCUGACAGUCUGCUGGGGUGAGAGACCCACACGGUCGACGGUUCUUGGAUACGUCAACAGUAUCCUCAGAGCAGCCGGACCAUCUCUGACUCGAUAUCUCGAAGACGCCGACUUGGUCGUAUAUACGGAUAGCGAGCAGCAUGCAAAUCUCGUGCAUAACACCAGCUUAGGGAGCAUAGAUUUUGGGCUGGUCCUCGUCGAGGACAACAAAUCUACUGAGAGCUGGUCUGGGCUAUUGGAUAACUUGACUAGUAUCCUUGCCACAGUCCGAAGCCGUCAGCUGGAGCACAUAUCCAUGUUGUUCCAGUUCCAAUUCAUCAUUACCAACGACGCGCUUCGACUCGACAGUCUCCGAAACGUCCUGGAGAACCUGGACCUGAUGGGCCUGCACGACGUCAUGCGCCGAUCCUACUUCGAACGAUUGAAGGACGUGGAGAUGCUGAUAAUAGCAAACAAUCCGGUACUGCAUCCUGUGAGCGAGGCCCACAUAGAAGACGCCCGUCAAGAGCUCCUCGCUAUGUUCCGUGCCUUGCUCAUGCCGUGGUGUGACCGCAAUGUAGUUAACCUCUCCGUCAGGCGUUGACUGGGACAUUCCUCGGACAAAGCGAUUGAUUCUUGAUGGAUUCUUCACGGAUACCUAUGUAAACGGCGAAGGAGAGAAAUCUGAAGUGCCGGCCUCAGCAGGGUAAGUGUCGACGGCACAAGACACCUACUGAGGCCAUACAAUACUCGUUGACUCGCUCUGGGCGAUAUCACACAUGCGCUGGC